UGACAUAACAUUUCAUUAUUUCACUGAUGUUUGUGGCUGAAAUUGGCUGUUGUAGGUGGGRGAGGGCACAUGAGAUCCAGGGCUGCACGUGAGUAACCAAUCACCCAACGAUCCCACACAGGACCUGGCAGUGUCCUACUCGUGACCCACCUGCUCAGCUUUGUCUGUUGGUGUCAUACAAAGCCGAGCAGGUCAUAGCAGAGGCAGGAUAGGGGUUUGGAGGAGGUGGGCAGCAGGGACAUGGGCAGGCACUGUCCUGCCCACAGACCUCUGAAGUGAUUCCAGAAAUCAGCAGUGCUGAGACUGUCUGCACGUGGCUGUGGGUGUUUGCCACUACACAGGUCUGAGGUGUUGAGCUGUUGUGGGUUUCUGUGUCAAGUUGGUGCAACUGUUACGCUGUCUCUUUUCUGGUAUUCAAGACAGACUUCCAAGGAUCUUAGCAGUGUGUAGAGAGGAUUUUAUAAUGAGCCCCAUGAGACUUUGCUGAUCAGAAGAGCAUUGUUGUCUGGAAUUGCUUCCUGGUGUUGAUGGGCUCUGUCUUUCUUGUGUGAUGCCUUUUGUCAAAUAGAUAUUUUUGUGCAGUACAUCUUGUUGCCCUUUGGGGAAUAUUUCGUCUGUGGCUAUUGAAUUAUGGACUGGAAAUCUGCAAAUGUUCUUGGAGACUGAGGAACUGGCACAACAAGAGACUCUUGGGCUCCUCUGAAUAACAGAACCUGACAUACAAAUGAUGUUUUAAUUGGCUGAGAUGAUGUUACAGUGCUUCUGCCUGAGAGGUUAUUUGCUGUCAGAGCCCAGUCUGGCUUGCCUUGAUCAUGGCAUUUUAGAGAUGUCAGGGGUUUUGURGUACUGACUCUUGCUUAGAGCAGGAACAAACUGAUACCCAUAGAUAUGUUGUGCUGUUUCUGCUUCUCAUCAGGUGCUGCAGAGUAAUCUCUGCUUUUUCUAGAAGUGUCUCUGUUCAGAGAUGUACUGCUGCAGUAAUUUUGGAGACUCUGGGAAAGUCUGGACAAGCAGAAAUGAUUUCCGUAGUGAGGACAAAUAAGAUUUUUCUGUAGAACUAGUUUUCUUUUUUUGUUAAUACUCUGAAAUGUGCUUGCCUUGGCAGAAUGCCUGGGAAAUUACUUUCCCAAAGCAGGGUUUAGAGUGGAACGAUUGAUGCCAAUGUGAAUCCUUUUGGUCAAGGAGAUUGUGAAAUGCAUCUUCCCCGAAGAAUGUUUUGUGAUGAUGUUCACUGGAGCCCUGCUUGAUUGCAGGAAUGGUUCAGAGCAGAACUGACGUGAGAUGUAUCUUAGUUUCAGAAUGACUUCUUGAAAUGCUUUAAUAUUCACUGUUUCAGUCACAGUGUCUGGAAAAUGUCUGGGUUCUUCAAGACUUAGCUAAGAGCUUGUGAACAUCUGGGAUCACUUUGGCCAGGUCUUUCCAUUUGCAAAGGGUUCUGAAAUGCAUGUGUGUGUUGGGGCUUUCCUGGGGACCUCAUGGACAGGUUCUGCUCCAAGUUUUGGGGAAUCUGGUUUGCAGGGGACUCCUGACUUUGGAGGAGGAAGUGGCAGGAUCAAAGCACAAGCCAGAAAUAUGAGCAUUUGUUGUGAUGCUGGAUCAAGCCAGAACCCAUCUCUGGGGCUGGGGGAUAGCCACAGCCCUGUAACCUACAUGCUAGCUAAAGUUGUUGCCAUCAUACUGCAUUUCCUGGUUUCCCCGAUAUGGGAACUGCAAUUUGGAGUAGCAAAAACCAGAACAUGCAUGUUCAACCCUUUCACARAGAUGUGGGAUGGAGACAGGGAAUGGUUCUGGUGAUUUGAAAGGGCAGAUGAGCUGAUAGGGAAGUGUUUCUUUGAUGGGCUGUUAAGACAGACUUWACUGUGAAACACAUGCCUAUCUCAUUAGGACAGGCUUUGUCAGGCCUUUCCUGGCAGGGGUUGUGUGAGAUGGCUUCAAAAUAAGCAAUGCUUUGUGCAGUCAUCUUGCUGCUGAUGGGAACCCAAGCUCAAAUCUGUAUCCUGUCUGACUUGUUACAAAACUUUUUUAAUGCAACUCUUGAUUUCACUGUAAUACAAUCUGGGAUAUUUCUGAAAAUCAGCUUUUCAUCUUUAAGUUAUUUAUAUGGAUUCUGCUAGAGAAYGUUGGCCCUUGAAAGCUGUUAACUCUAMGAAGGCUGAUGGUCAGAGACCCACAUCUCUGAAAAUAUCCCUGGAUUCUCAUGCUGGUGGGGUAGUCCUGGUAUUGUGGAACUUAGAGACAUGGGGAUCUCUGGAAAAGGGUUGGUGGUGAGCAUGAAGUUGAGGAGCCUGCUGAGCUCCCAGCAGCUGACUCUGCCAGGAAGCAGUAGCUGUGAAUUCUGUGGCUCACCCUGUACCCCCAAGACGGUGCCAAAGGCAUGAGGAUGUUAUGAAAGGUGCUAAUGCUUUGCUCCAGCGUUUUGUUUUCUGGGGGCUGGGGCAGAAAUCCAAAUGGUCAGAACACACUGUGAGUCUUGGCAGGAUCACUCUGACACGGUCACUGCUCGUUUUCCUGCUGAAAAGGCAGGGGAAUCUCUGUUCUCCRGGCAGCUAUUGCUUUGUGAAUGUGGCCAAAAAUAGUAAGGAAACAGCAUUCCCAUCUACUUCCCUUGAGAGGGUGUUGUACUAGUUUGUGUGGAAAAGUGAUUCUGGUGUUCUCUAGAGGUUUUCUUAUGGAGAUGUCUGCAGUCAGGCUGGGACCCCUCUGUUUUCCUGCUCUGUGGCUGAAGGGGAGCUGCAGCAGACACAGCAAUGUGCUCAAUCCAUCUCGCUGCGCAUGUUCCUGGUCCUGCUGAAUCAUCGGAACUUGUGCCUGGGCACAAUUCCUYUCUGUCAGCUGCAUCCCGGGAUCACAGCAGCAUGGCUGGUGCCAAGGAUAUUUUGCUAAAGUCUACAAAACCAAGUAGCACUUUUCUGGAGUCCAAGUGUAAACAUAACAAAACUUAUGGGCUGAUGGAUUAAUCUUUUUCGUGGUUAGUUCGUGAGAUCUAAAAUUUGCUGCUGCAAAGAGGAGGAGGCUUGCUACUUGUUUUUGGGGCAUUUUCCUGGAUCUGGGAGCACUGGCAAUGCAGCAAUGAAAGCUAGGGCCCUGCUGGAUGUUUGGCUCAGGACAGCAGGCUGCAUUCGUGCGUGUGAUCCUGAGUGACUCAUUGGCCCACUGCUGUUUCUGCCCCAUUGCCUUUCUGGGGAGCUGAUUGCCCCAUCCAAAGUAGGAGUGCCACUUGCUGGUGUCCCAGUGACCCUGGGACUUUGGGGAAAUCUAAGCUGGGUCCURGUCUGCAAAGCACUGCCUCACUGACCGCAAGCAGCGCUCCCAUUCGCAGCCACAGCUUGUUCCACUCACCACUUUCCUGGAGUUCCAUUUCAAUGCUGCUCUGAGUCUGUAAUACCCUGUGCCCACUGUUUGCCUUGGGAAGUGGUGUUACUGUUUGUGUGAGUUCCUCCUUCACCAGCCCUGUUCUAUAAUUACUGAUGUUCCUGAAACCAGAUCCUUCCAUGUGUCCUGCUCAGGUUCAGGAGGACAAGGGGUCCCUAAGCAAACUGACUGCCCUGGAGUACAGCCARGAUGACAUCAGCAGUUUGGGAAAGCGUCACCUUACGGUGGUUCAGUGAGUUCUGAGCCUCCACCUCCUCACCUUUGGGAUGGUAAAGGAAAAGGGAAUAUAUCCCAGACAGCUUCUUUGGCAUGCAAGCGACAGGCUUGCAGCRUGAUCCCAAAGCAUAGCCACAGUUUCACAGACACGUCUGCUGUGCCCUGGGCUGAUCCUCCCUCCUUGUCAGACUUAAUGGUCUUCUCAAAUAGCAGCACUUCUGUGCCGUUUCCAGCACUGAGAAGUCCCUGUGGUGUCACCUUUCCAGUACCUGCUUGUUUCCUGGCUGCUGUCCUUAUUCCAAUGGGUCAGACCCACGUGCCCCUCCUGGCCAKGGGUGGUCUGGGUUGUCCUGAGUUGACACSAAAACAGAAAUACUAGUCAGCAGUUGGCAGAAUGAGAUACACCAGUUCAUUUGCUGAAAGUCAUCCUGGAAAUGCCUUGUACAGGAAUGUACAACAGGAGAAGAUGGUCACGAGCAGUGCAGGGAGCUGAUCUGGGGCCAGGCAGACCAGACCUGCAAGUAUGACUGCGAACAGGUGUCAAAAUCUGUAAUACAGGAAUAAACAAUGACAUUUGGCACUGAUCUAUUGCUCUGCACUUCCAAAACACGCUGUCUCCAUGAGCUGACGCAGCCAGGGAAGGAUCAGGAAGGAAGCACUGUAAGAGUCCUGRGUUUGUUUCUUUGUGGUGGGUUUUGGUUUUGGUUGGGGUUUUUUUGAUGAUGAAGGAAAUGGGGGUGUGGGACUUGGCCAGAUUUGCUGAAGGUCAUGGAGCAGUACUUCAAGUAAGAGCUAACAACUGCACAGCUCUUCCCUGCCUGCCCUGCUGCUGCCCUUCCGCCAGUGUCAGCCACGGAGCCUGAUGAGAGCAGGGAGUCCCUCUGCUAGGAAGCUGUGGAGGGAUGAUGAUUAUCCCUCUGUCUUCCAUUAUCUGCCAUCUAAAGAUUUUGGAACACAUCUCAUGUGUGCUUGGAGCUGAUGGAGCCAAGGACUGCUGCAAUUCCUGGAGAACGAACAGCCUGGCAGACCCAGCUUUGCACACAGCUGAGAGUUUACUGCCCAAAGUCUGCUUUUUUUCUGUGUCUGCAAUACUUCUAGCACUAUGAACAAACCCAGCAGCAAGUUCCUUUUSGAGCAAAAUGCCAUGACCUGGUUUUGGGGACAGCAUCAAUCAUGGUACAAAAAGAGAAGAAUCCAGCAAGUUUCGUAACCCUUUUAAUGAGUUGCGGUUUCUUCCUUGCUCAGUGCCCAGGAAGUGAGUGAGUUAAAACAUGCCAUAGAUGUGUGAUUCAUUUUAGCAAGCCCUGCUGCUCAAGGCAGCUGAGGGAAUCUCCUGCACCCUGUGUCACAUGUCCCUGAGUAAUUAGCAGCAGCUAAUGGUAACGGCAGGUCUGGCAGCACCCUGCUGCWUAGAGAGCCCAGCUCAAACUUGGGSAAGCACAGGUGGUCCUCACUGAGCAGCCUAGGAGAGAGAAUCACAGGACUGGACUGUGAGGCAUGGUACAACAUCUGAGCAGAUGCUUCAAGGGGAAGAAUCUGUCCAGGAAUGUCUGUCCUGGUCAGUGCUGUGUGGGAGGGCUCUUCCUUGCUAGCUCUAGUAGUUUAUUUUUGUGUGUAGCUUGCCUUGCGGCCAAGACUUUGAGUAAGGGAGGAAGCACUCAGCUAGUAAGUGCUGCUGAGAUCUUAUUGGCUAAUAUGGGGGUAUGCUGAUCUUCCAGGAGCAAACACAAACAUGUUUUCAGUGUUUGUCUCUUGUGUUUUGUACACUUAGUUACCUUUCCUGUACUGCAGCAUCUACUUAGCUCUUAUUUGGCUUUCRUUAGUAGUAGCUGACGUGUAGGAGGAGGAACAGAAACUGGUACUUGGUCAGCAGAUCUUGGAAGCAGUGACACAACGUGAGGGAAGUCUGCAAAAGGUGGUCAACCAGCAGCAAUCACAUCUCCUUUAUGGAUUCAGGCUAGCAGGAACAGCCUGGUGGGGUCCAUCUCGGAUAGACGCGGAUGAUGCCAGAGCUAUGACAGGGAUUGCAGUCUUGGCACUGAGGGGUGAUCAAUUAUGGAACAACUACAGGAGGAAGUACCUGAGGUCAAGGAAGAGGAAGAGGAAGAGGCAGUGAUGGUGGCAAGUGGAGCCUCAGACCCAACUGGAGGACCAGACAGCUCACUGCCUUCGAGCAGCUACACAGAUCUGUCACAGAGCUCCUCUCCCUCGCUGUCGGACCAGCUGCAGAUGGGCUGCGAGGAGGCGGCGCUGGGAGCGCUGAACGUGGAGUGCAGGGUCUGCGGAGACAAAGCCUCGGGCUUCCACUACGGCGUGCACGCCUGCGAGGGCUGCAAGGGUUUCUUCCGUCGGACGAUCCGCAUGAAGCUGGAGUACGAGAAGUGUGAGAGGAGCUGCAAGAUUCAGAAGAAGAACAGAAACAAGUGCCAGUACUGCCGCUUCCAGAAAUGCCUCUCACUGGGCAUGUCACACAAUGCAAUCCGCUUCGGGCGCAUGCCAGAGGCAGAGAAGAGGAAGCUGGUGGCAGGGCUGACAGCGAGCGAGAUYGGCUGCCAGAACCCGCAGGUGGCUGACCUGAAAGCUUUCUCCAAGCACAUCUACAACGCCUACCUGAAGAAUUUCAACAUGACCAAAAAGAAGGCAAGAGGUAUCCUGACCGGGAAGGCCAGCAGCACCCCACAGCCUUUUGUGAUCCAUGACAUGGACACCUUGUGGCAGGCAGAGAAGGGGCUGGUGUGGAAGCAGCUGGUGAACGGAAUCCCCCCCUACAAGGAGAUCGGGGUGCACGUCUUCUACCGCUGCCAGUGCACCACGGUGGAGACUGUGCGGGAGCUCACCGAGUUCGCCAAGAGCAUCCCCAGCUUCGUAGGCCUCUACUUGAACGACCAAGUGACUCUGCUCAAGUACGGGGUGCACGAGGCCAUCUUUGCCAUGCUGGCCUCCAUCAUGAACAAGGACGGGCUGCUGGUGGCCAACGGGAACGGCUUCGUGACCCGCGAGUUCCUGCGCAGCCUGCGCAAGCCCUUCAAUGAGAUCAUGGAGCCCAAAUUUGAGUUUGCUGUGAAGUUCAACGCGCUGGAGCUGGAUGACAGUGACCUGUCCCUGUUUGUGGCUGCCAUCAUCCUGUGCGGAGACCGCCCUGGCCUGAUGAACGUGAAGCAGGUGGAGGAGAUCCAGGACAACAUCCUGCGAGCGCUGGAGUUCCACCUGCAGUCCAACCAUCCGGAUGCCCAGUACCUUUUCCCCAAGCUGCUGCAGAAGAUGGCUGACCUGCGGCAGCUGGUGACAGAGCACGCCCAGCUGGUGCAGAAAAUCAAGAAGACAGAGACAGAGACAUCUCUGCACCCGCUUCUGCAGGAGAUCUACAAGGACAUGUACUAAGGACCUGUUAUUUAUGAGAAUGAAGCCAUGGAUUCCCAUCAAAGAUUCUUUGUACAGAAACAAAGAAAACCUUUCCCAGUCUUCCACUUCUCCUACUGGAAACUCUUUUCUACACGACCCUGACAUACGGUACAUAGGGCAAGAUGCCGUCAGGAUUUGCAGCCACCUCCUGCUCSGCCAGGGCUUCCAUUAACACACACUAACAAAUCUGCAAAGCUGCUGUUUCUGUUCCUAUGGUCCAGCUCUACUGCUCCUGAGUGGCUGCCCAGUUUACACGGCUCAGGCAGCGAGGUUCCUAUGACACCCGGGUCCCCAGGGUAGGGGAGCUCUGGUCCUUAGUGAGGCCAAAGGGGUGCAGAGGCCAGGGGGACCGGCAGCAGCGCUUACAGUGUGUCUGUAUUGUUCAUUUGCACUCUGAAGAUGGUCCUGAGCCGUGGAGUCUGGGACAGUGUGUUGAAAGAAUGUUUCUCUCUUUCCCAAAGAAAAGCUGGAGUAUUUGAACAUGGCUGUCCCAGCAGAGACCCUCAGCUGCAGUCCCCUCUGUGCUCUGCAGUAUGUUCCWGUCUCCCAGUGGGACUCUGUGAGUUCCAUUUCUCCAGUGUUGUGUGGGAGCCUUUGCUCCUGGCACCCUCGUUCCGUAGGGAAUGUGUCCCUUGACACCUCAGUAUGAGAGAGGGAGGGAUGGGGAAGUGGGAGAGAAAGGAUUUGACUCCGUAAAAUUCACCUUCAGAGCAGAGACACAGAAUCCAUGGCUUCCACAGGCUGUUCUGCACAGAGGUGAGUUGCAAAAAAGGUUUGUGCAGCGUCAGGGCCCUUGAGCUGGUCAGGGUUUGGUGUCCUGCCUCAGUUUCCCCUCUGUGAAAGGGACCUGGAUUGUCACAUGCUGUCUGCUCGGAGCAGGAGCAUGAGGAUCUGUUAGUGCAUUGGUUGCAGAGAGCUCUGCAGCUGUAAAAUGCAGUAUAAAUGCCAAGGAUUUAUAAACGGGGAGUGGUUGGGAUGCUCACAAUGGGCAGGAGCUUCCCUGUCAGCAUGGCUGUGUCAGGGAAGCUUCCAGUCCCCCUCUACCACUGUUCCCAAGAGUGGAAACAGCUGCAGGCUUCGGGCUCUGCCUGAACCCAGCACCAUUCUGGGACUUUACCUCACAAAUUCUCACAGCUGUAGUGAAACACCACAAUGCUGCCUGGGCCAGGCCAGGCCCCUUGUGUGUGUGUGGGGCUGUGUCACUUGGGCUCGGGUGUGGGGAGGAUGGACCUGGGAUGGGCUCAGUUUUCCUUUCAGAAUAAUGGUGUCUGACCUAAGAAGCGACACUUCCCUGUCUGCAGCUCCUAGUCCCGUGUGUCCUGAGCAGCCUUAUUAAAAUACUGGUAUUCCCAAGGAGGGGUUGUGGGAGCAAAUUACUCGGUUUUAUUUUACUUUCCUCCUCUUCAGGGUAGCAGAYUUCCCUGGUGCAAUAAUUCCUUUCAAACCCAAAGGGGAAGAGCAUUGGGCUUUCCCUCCCCGUCGCAGGGCUGGCUGGUCCCAAACUUCCCCCUGCUGCCACACUCCACUCCUUUUGCCGUGCCUCAGUUUCCCCGCCCACCCCUCCUCUCCCUACCUCGCAGGGGUUUUGGGAAUUACCGUUUCUGAAGCACUUUGAAGCCCUCUGGGGGAAGGCACUGGAGACAUGCGUGUGCUGGUCGGAGCCCGGGGAUUUGCCCUUCCCAAAUCCCCGGUGGUGUCCCCGCCGCGGCCGCAAUGCAGGACUCGUGCCCAUCACCUGGGAAACUUUUUGCUCUUCCUUCCUCGACAGUAUAACAACCCUCAAACUGAAAUGUAUAUUUUUGCUAGAAGUACAAACCUCCAAGUGUUUUUAAUAAUAUAAAUAGUGUCCACAAACUGACUUGACUUUAAAUAAAUCUGAACUAAAUAUUUAAGAA